UAAUGGCGAUCUUUCUUGGUUUCGUUGUGGUCGUGGUCGCCUCCUAUGUGUUCGUGUAUUAUUGGAUCUUCAGGGGGGCGAGGUGCUUGAGUCCAAAAAUGCUGAAUGGAAAGACAGCCAUUGUUACAGGGGGCAACACUGGUAUUGGUAAGGCCACAGGUCUUGAAUUGGCGAAGAGAGGAGCCAGGAUCAUUUUAGCCUGCCGUAAUAGGAAGAAAGCUGAAGCUGCUGUGUUUGACAUCCGCAGAGAAAGUGGGAACAAUCAAGUUGUGUUCAUGCUGUUGGAUCUUGCAAGCUUUCAGUCUGUACGCACAUUUGCUGAAACCUUCUUAAAAACUGAGCCCAGAUUGGACAUUCUAAUCAACAAUGCAGGUCUAAUGGGCCCUGGAUGCACACAGGAUGGUUUUAGUUUGGUGCUUGGGGUCAACUACCUGGGUCACUUCCUGCUGACCAACCUUCUCCUCCAGAGAAUGCAGGAAUGCGGGCCCAGUCGCGUCGUAAAUGUCUCUGCUUUUCUCCAUCGCCUUGGCAACAUUGAUUUCUCCUCUCUGGCUUUCAACAAAGAUUUUGUGACAGGCCAGUCAACCUGGAACAACUUUCAGGCCUACUGCAACAGCAAGCUGUGUAAUGUGCUCUUCACCAGAGAACUUUCCAACAAACUUGUGGGCUCAAAAGUGACUUGCUACAGUCUCCACCCAGGGAUUAUCUACACCAAAUUAUACCGCAAUAUGAGCCUGUGUCAGCAGUGUCUGAUAAUGCCAUUUGCUAAGGUUUUCUUUCUCGACCCCGAGGAUGGGUCCCAGACCACCCUGCACUGUGCCCUCCAAGAGGGCAUCGAGACUCUGAGUGGGCGCUAUUUUUCCAACUGUGCCCUGCAACAGGUGGGACACAAAGGCCAAGAUGAUGCCCUGGCAAAGAAGCUGUGGGUGUUGAGUGAGAGAUUGACAGAUUUAUCAUCCAGCCAUCCAUUUUCUGUAACACUUUUGAAGUUAAUUGGUUCUGAACCUCCAAGGACUCUAUGACACAUCUCUGUCUCAUCAACUACAAUGCUUCCUAAUCGCUGACUUUUUUUUCCUUCACACACACAGGUUUUAAAUCAUUAAACCAAUUUUACUAUCACUCUGAGAAAACCCAAGGAAAUGCAAUAUGCAGUUUUUAAUUCAAUUUAGGCACCAAAAAUCUAAAGCUUUUUGACCCUCUGUAAAAAAAUAAUUCCGCCUGAAUCUAACCAUAACAAGCUGUGUCACCCUUGGCAGGAAUAACUGAAAUCAAGCAUUUGCGAUAAUUGUUGAUGAUUCUUUCACAUCGCUCUGGAGGAAUUUUGUCCCAUUCUUCUUUACAGAAUUGUUUAAACUGCCACAGACACCUACAACAUGAAAUUUAGUUAUUAAAGGGGCACUGACACCUAAAACAAUUUUGGGUAUGUUGUUAACCAACAAAACAUCAGCCGGAAUGGACCCAUCCAUUUGUUCACAGCACGUCAGAAUGUUGCUGUAUCUAGAUUUUUUUCAUCUCCCGCUAUGAAAGUUCUCUUGAGUUAUUUGUGUUGGUGAAAAACCAGGAAGUGACGCCUACAGUGGCAAGUUCGAGUGUUUUCACCCGUUUUACCGGCGAAAAAUAAUCCUUUUUUUUCUGCAUGUUUGCCAAAAUACUGGCUCGUUGUAUUGCUGGAUUUUGCCUAUCUCAACAAAUUAAGAGUCCAACUCACACUCUAGGUCACAUCUUAGACUUGGUCAUCUCCAUGGAUGUUGAAAUUCUCUCAAUUGACAAUCAGGAUAUGGCUAUUUACACGAAUUUAGCUGUGUACUUGGUAUCAUUGUUUUGUUGGAAGGUGAACAUUUGGCCCAGUCUUGGUUACUGAGCAUUCUGGAGAGGUUUCAUGGAUAUCCCUGGACUUGACUGCAUUUUUCUUUCCUUUGAUUGCAACCAGUUAUCCUGUCCGUGCAGCUGAAACAUUAACUACAUGUUGACAAUAAAAUGGAAAAAAUAUCCAAAGAACUUUCUGCAAUACUAGACACAAUUGACCUCUCUCAAUAAAUUAAGACUCCAACUCACACUCAAGGUCACGUCUUAGACCUGGUCAUCUCUCAGGAUGAUGAAAUUUUAUCAAUUGACAUUAAGGAUAUGGCUAUUUGAAUUUCAGAUUCUUCCAAAAGUUCAGCCAACCUCUAUCUCUAUUAAGAAAAGGUACAUAAAUGAGAGUACUUCCACUAAGUUUAUGGAGACUGUGGCUGCGCCACAGACUGUGAAUGCUGAGACAGUUGAUGAACUUUUGGACAAUUUCACUUCAAAAUUCACAAAUGCCAUGAAUGCCGUCACUCCUGUUAAAACUAAGACCAUCCUGAGGCGACCAUGAACAACGUGGAGGAGCAUAAUGAUGGUCAAGAGAUCUACGCUACUGACAACAAGCAUUGCUUCUGGGACAAUACAGCGAGAGGGACGUGUCAAGCCAGGGCCUCAUCCUCGUCUGUCGAGGAAUCUGUUGUCAGAAGUGAUCUGCAUUUCGUCUCAUAUGGCUCAAAAUAAUAUAGUAAUAUGGACCCGGUCACUUCACUUGCUUCUGAGAUGUUCCCUUCUUCAAAAACAGCUUCAGUCUCAGAAGGUGGGUCAGAAAAAUCCAAAAAUCUGUCGUCCAUAUGCCAUAGCAGAUGGCACAGCGUCUUUUCUAUGGUGACAUUCCCAGUGUGACGUCUGUAAAUGACCCCUUACUGGGAUGUCGAGUGAGACUUCCGCAACUUUGCGCUCACUUUUUUUUUCAUAUUGACAUCGAAGUGAAUAAUAUUAUAGGUAGUUUUCAUAAUAUCCAUUUUAAAAUGUUUAUUUUGGUGUCAGUUGCUCUUUAACCAAAAAAAAAUCACCCGGAAUUUAAUCAUCCAUUUGUUCACAACACGUCAGAAUGUUGUCUUACAUCAAUUUUUUUCACCUGCCAUGAAAAUUCUGUCGACUGUUUUGAGUUGAAGAAGAAGCCGGAAGUGACAUAUUUUGCAGACACCUACUGCAGUGGAGUUGAGUGUCUUUACCUCUUGUACCGGCGAGAAAUUACCCAUUUUUUCUGCAUGUUAGCCAAAAUGCCGGCUCGUUUUGUCACUGGAUUUUACUCAAACACUCGGGACAAUGGAUUCACUCUUCAGACGUUUCCAAAAGACCCGAUUCGUCAUAAAAAAUUGAUUGGACAGGUGCAAAAGACACAAGCUUUGUGGGUUUCAAAUGACAG